GUAUGUCCUUAAAUAGAUAGGUAUUUAUUUAUAUAUCAACAGCCAGAUAUUGUGAAAUUGAGCCUGAAUCCUUCAGCUAUGUGGCAGCAAUUUCUAUCUGCCAUGGUGCCUGAGAUUACUAAAGUAGUAAAAUUUUGCAAAAAACUGCCAGGCUUUUCAGAAGUUGAGCAAGAAGAUCAGAUAAAACUAAUUAAACAAGGCAGUUUUGAGGUGAUGGUUGCUCGUUAUUCACUUCUUGUAGAUGAGAUCAAUGAAGAGAUGCUUGACCCACAGCUAAAAAUUAAAUCUUCAAGAGAAGUUGUUAGGCAGAUGCCCAUGGGACCUUUUCUUGAUGAAUUCUUUGAGGUUGCUCAACAGAUGAAUCCUCUCCUUUUAUCUGAUGGCGAAAUCGGCCUCUUUACUGCUGUACUUAUGAUCUGUCCAGAUCGAAAAGACUUAAAAAACAGAGAGGCUAUUCAAACAAUACAACAACUUUAUUUACAAGCCCUUUAUUAUCUGCUACAGCAUAAUCAUAAAGAUCCCGAUACAACAUUUGUUUCACUGAUACAGUUGAUUCCAUUAUUACAAAGAAUCAAUGAGGAUCAUGCUAAAUUUCUUAACAAUAUAAAAAUGAAGUCACCAACUGAAUUUAACCAACAGUUUGCCCAGUUACAUAGAGAGGUAUUUGAUUAUUAAGACAUGAUAUAUUUUGUUACCUAUGGUUAGUUGAUAAUUUUUUUAAAGGUAGAGGCAUUAUAUAUUUAAAACAUUUUUUAAAAUUUGAGAAAAUAUUCAUAUAAAUGGAAAAAAAAUAUCAGCAUGCAGUAAUGCAUUAGACAGUGCCCAAAUUUGACUAUUCAGUUCUUAAUAAGCAGAUAUUUUUAUUUUAUAUCUAUCAUCAAGUCAUAAAAUAGCCCACACCCCUUCUCCCCCUAUUAAUAAUAAUUCUUAUAAAAAUUGAAUCAAAAGUAAAAGCUUCAUCACACUUAAAUACCCUUCUCCCAUUAUCACAAAAGCCUGGCCACCUCCCCUACCCCCACCUACUCCAUCAGUGACAUUGAUGACAUCAGACCAAAAAAAAUAUUUAAAAUGUUGUUUGAGUUAUUAUAUUCUGAGUUGAAUGAUAAUUGUGUGUGUUUGAAUGUAUGAAAGUGCCUUUCUGAUUAAGCCAACCAAGUUUAAUCUAUAAAACCUAAACCAUUCAUUUUAUUGGUGCAUUGUGAUGAAACAGUUUUAUUUUGUUAGGUUACUUAUUUUCUCUGCAACUUCUUUUAAAUAAUAAUCCUAUUGGUUUUAACACUUUUUAAAAGAGCCAUACAGUUUUAUUAUAUUUUAAUAUUGCAUUUUUUAAUAUGUAUAAUUGUUUAAUUGUAUAUAUUAUAUAUAUAUGUACAUAUAUAUAUAUAUAUGUAAAUAUAUAUAUGUAUAUAUGUA